AUGGCCACUCAGCAAAAGAGCAUCAUCCUAACUCUCCCGGCAACAGACAUCGCUGCAUCAACCCGCUUCGGAACCGCACUCGGUUUCAAGCUGGGUCCAUACAGCGACUCCAAAUGGAAUGUGCAUCUCGAACACGACAAGUCCUUCAGCAUCUUCUACACCACACACGUCAUGUUUAGCAAAUGGCUUCCCAAAGAGCGGGAGAUUGCCUGCACCAAAGCUGUCCAUGAGAUGAUCGUUACCAUUUCGGUGGAUUCAAAUGAAGAGGUCGACGCAUUGGUUGAGAAGGGGCUUGCGGCGGGUGGGACUCGAGGCCCUGAUAUGCUUGCUGACGGUGGUAAUGCGUGCGGCGUUGAGGAGGGUGUCAAGGCUGCCGACCACCCCAUGCCGCAUUCCAGGAGCGUGCUGGAUCCGGACGGACAUCUUUUCGAGUUCGUAUGCUUUAAUAUGGAGGCACCAGAGGGCAAGAAGGACGAGAAUUAA